AUGCUCUUCGGCAAACUCCUUACAGCAUUCGCCACGACCCUCUUGGCCACUGUCUCAGCCGUGCCCGUCGAGGUCGAGACAAGUCAGAUUGGCAAGCGAGACUUCGGCCCAGUAACCAUCUUCACCCCGCCUUCAACUUAUGUCAACGAGCGAACUCUCUAUGCUCGAUCGCUUCUGCUCAAGGAUGGCUCGAUCUUAACCACUUGGGAGAACUAUGACUGGUCCGGUAUGCCUUGGUUCCCCAUCUUCAAGUCGACCGACCAUGGCUUCACUUGGACCAACUUCUCUCAAGCCCACGACACCCAGAACGGCUGGGGUCUGCGGUACCAGCCUUUUCUUCACCUGCUUGAGAACGACAUCGGUGGCUUCAAGGCCGGUACCAUCCUCCUUGCUGGUAACUCGAUCCCCGCCGACCUCUCCAAGACUCAACUCGAACUCUAUGCUUCCACUGACAACGGCGCUUCCUGGGGCUUUGUCAGCCACAUUGCUAACGGUGGCAAGGCUGUUCCCAACAACGGCGAGACGCCAGUUUGGGAGCCAUUCCUGCUCGAGUACAAGGGCCAGGUUAUCUGUUACUACUCGGACCAGCGAGACCCGGCCCACGGCCAGAAGCUUGUUUACCAGUCAACCAGCGACCUCAAGAACUGGGGCAAGGUCGUCGACGUCGAGGCCAACGCAGUCUACAGUGCUCGACCCGGCAUGCCGAUCAUCUCCAAAAUGUCUAACAACCAGUACUUCCUGACCUACGAAAACGGUGGCGCGGCAGAAGUAGACUUUGCCGUCUACUACAAGAUUGUCUCCAACCCCCUCAGCUUUGGCAAGAUCCAAGGUCAGGCACUCCGAACUGUCGACGGCCACGUCCCCUAUGGAUCCCCAUACAAUAUCUGGACCCCGGUCGGUCCUCUCCAGCAAGGCACCGUCGUCGUCAACGCCAACUCCGACUCGGACUGCUUCAUCAACCACAAUUACGGCACGGGCAACUGGACUCGACUCACCACCCAAGCUUAUGCCGACUACUCUCGAUCACUCGCUGUCGGCCUCAACCCCAAGGACAUUGUCAUUGUCAGUGGCGGUGCCCUUGGUAUGGGUCCAACCAACCACGUCUACAUGGCUGCCCGAGACGUCAAUGGUUGCUCAACCUGCUAA